UAUGGCCGAGCAAUUCCUGUACGCAUGCGUACAUAAACUCACUGUGGCUUUCUCUCACACGAACCCGAUUGGGAGUGUGGAACCCCAACAGUGGAAUAUGUUGAGGGUGCAAUCCGCCAUUUCUGGAGAGGCAAGCGAUAAAACGUUCAAAACCCCAGAGGUGAAGCAAGUUCCAUGCUGUUGGACGCUUGUGUAUAGGAAAGCCACGAAGAAGACGGACAAGCCCCGCCCGGAGGAUGUGGACGUCGCGGACCUGACCGAUGAGGAUCUGAAGGACCAGCUGCUGAAGUAUGGAGUCAGCGUUGGGCCCAUCGUGGCUUCGACGCGGAAGCUGUACGAGAAGAAGCUCCAGAAGCUGCUGGACCAGGGCCCCCCCGAGACGCUGCCCCCCCCCUCGGCGCCCCUGCGAGCUGCGGACGCCAACCAGAACGGCAACACGGACUCGGAGAAGUACAGCGACAACGAGGAGGAUGAGAAGCUUGAGCCCAUCGUGGAGAAGCUGGAACCUGUGAAGACCCGAGUGAAAACCACCCCCGGGCUUCGAACGCGGCGCUACGAACACAACCGGAGUGUCGACACCCGCGAGGAGGAGGGAAAGACAGAGGGGUUGAACGAAGAAGAGCGCGAACAGGGCGUCCUGAAGGUGAAGAGGAAGAUGAGACGAGCUGCCCUGCUUGACCAGGCCGUGCCAGCCAGUGACGACACUGACCUGUCUGAGGUUUCGGCCUGCGAGUCUGUGUCCCAAGAGAGCAGGGCCCCCGAAACCCCAAAACGGGGUGCACCGCUGGAGACCAAGCAAAGGGGCUCCCCCCACUUAACUCAAGGAACUCCUGGGAAACGGGGUUCCAUUUCUGAUGCACAUCCGGAGGGUGAUAGAGCUCGGGGACACAGCAGCAGAGAGCCGCCCGAGGAGGAAGAUGACUUUGACGAUCAUGAUGAUGACGAUGAUGAUGAUGAUGAUGAUGAGAGCCUGGCCCGUUUUCCUGUGAAGCCAAUUUCUCUGCACAACACCGCACUCCUGCAGGAGGAAAUAGAGUACCCAGAAUCACGCGUGACCCCAUUGCAGAAGGCAACGGUCAAGCAGCAGAAAAUCUCAGCCUUCUGCACCCCGGCCAGGCCUCAGGUGGAAGAGAGGCUGGAAGCAGGAGACGUGGUCCGGAGGAAAGAGGCGAAGGACCUUCUGGAGGAGAUGUUUCCCUAUGAGCCGCGGACUCCUACCGGAAUCACCGCCACCUGCCGCCGACCCAUCCACGGUGCAGCCGGGCGACCUCUGAACCCCAGCGACUUCCGCCUCGACGACUCCAUCUUGCGCCGCACCGAAUUCACCGAGACCUCAGUCUACACCGAGCGCAGGGCUGUGCAGCGGGGAGCGGGCAAGCUGUCGGCUGCUCCUCCGGCCCUGUCGUACUCCUCCUCCUCCUCCUCUUCCUCCUCCAGCAGCGCGGCCAAGCUGACGGCGCCAUCCGGUGGCCAGUCUCGGUCGCGCCGCUCCCUGCCCGUGUGGCUGCAGCUGCUGCUGCUCAUGGCGGUGGCAGGCUUCUUGUUCUUCGUGUACCAGGCCAUGGAGACCAACGAGAUCAACCCUUUCAGCACCAUGGUGAGCCCUGCCUCUCCCAGCAGCGCAGAGAAGCCAGGCGGCCAGUGAGGAAGAACUUCAAGACCCUCACUCUUCAUCCUGACCUCCAUCCUCCUCCUCACUCUUGCCCUGUCCUCACUCUUGCCCCGUCCAUGACUCCCGUGGCUUCAUCUUUCUCCUGACGCGUCCUUCUCCCUGUCCCUGUUUCCGAGAUCUGGCCCUGGGUUUUGAACCAGCCACCUAAUCGUUUAAAUUAAAAACUUUCACUGAUUUACCCUGCAAGCAAAGCUCUCUCAUGUCCUCAACACAGGGCACGUGCAUGUUUUGUGCAUUAUGUGAGCAGUGAAGAUCUGAGAAUGUAGAUGAGUUGCUGGUUGGAUCAAAAAUCGCGUCUGUUCUUGCACUCUAGGAACAGAUCAGGGAAACAGCCCUGACUUGCCUGCCCUUCCCUGUUGCUUACAGAGGAAAGUUAUCCUGCUGUUCCUCUCGCAUUCCCCUUCUUUAAACCCCCUUGUCCUUGACCUGGCUCCUGCUCCAGCAUCCUUCUUGACCCUUUCCUCAUUCCCCCUCCGAUGAGCUCUAGACCCUCCUCCAGUCAUUACCUGAUCAAUCACUGACCCCCUCUCUCACUGAGCAGGGUGAGGAGCAGAGCGAGACACGGAAGGAUCUCAGGCAUUUUUUUUCUUCAGCUGUGGUUUCCCCUAUUCCUUACUGUCCUACCCUCCCCACCAAUCCCAGACAUCCCCAGGGCCUGAGGGCAGUUAGGAAGGAGUCCACUGCCUCCUCCUCCACCUGCACACUGUUGUCUGCUAUAACCUAGAGCUGGAGGAGAUCAUCAAACCCCCCCUUCCCAUCUCUCCUUCCCUCCCUCUCUCCCCUCGCCUCCAGUUUCUUUACCGUCCUGUCUAAACCCGUAUCCACACAGCGGAGAGGGAUUCCAGCUCCAUCUUCUCCAGCGCACUUCCAGACCACACGGACUGAAACCUUUUGGGGCUGGGGGGGGGGUGUUGCUUUUGGGGUUUAACUUUAUUUUUGUUUGUAUGAGACAUCAGAUUACUUUCACACUAUCUGCCCUUUAGGUCAUUAACAUGACAUCUUAACGGGGAAAUGCAGAAUGAGGUAGAGAAGGAUUUAACGAGGGUAUGUCCUAGCCAGGUUUAGGAGAGUAAAAGUUGGUGCACUGCUCUAAGCUGCGAUGUGUAUUGUACUGUUCUACAAGAGGCUGUGUGAAACAGUGAAAAUGUCAGUUAUUCUAGUAUUGAAGUACCGCAACGAUUCAUGUUAUCAGCCUCAGCACCUACAGAUCUCGCCCUUUUUGGUACACCGGGCUGCUGUUUUAAAAAUCAGAAUCGCUCUGCCUGCUCAAUUUCACCUCCUUCAGCAUAGUCGCUUUUCCAAUGACUUGAGCGGUUAAUCGCAGUCAUUAAAAGCGCCCGUCUGAAGAAAACAGACAGGGGACUUAAACGAUCUGCCCACCGAACCUGGGCCUGAGCCCAGCCUCCUGCCGGUCCGGUCCGAUUCCAACAAAUCUGGCUCUUGCUUUCUCCCGCUGGUGCCUUUUUUAGGAAGGGCGAGUGCUGGUGUAGCUGGUGUAGCCUAAGGAAUUGGGGUCGUUUCAGUGACUGUAAUAACCCGGCCGGGUGCUUUCACUCUUGUGCAGUUCGAUUUUACACGGCUCUCAAGUUUGUGACAGGACUGAGAAACAAGUUCUCUGGGAUUUAGCACUAAAUGGAAGUGUGUGCCCCCACUGUGACGCUAUAAGGGUGCUUUCUGCACCCCACACAGCUCAAGCGUUCUGUUCCAGCUGUUGCACAGGGCAGGGUGACCUGCUUCACCUCUGACACUAUUGAAACCUUAUUGGGACAGACUGAGCAUCAGAUAAUUCUUUCAGCCUCUCUGCCCCCUGUUGGCUGGAGAAAUCGUUAAUAAAUCAGGCAUAAUGUGACGCGGACUAAACGUUUCCGAGGUUUGAAUUUAAUUCAACAGUUCCCCUCCCUCCCAUUCCCUUAAUUAUGCAGUUUCUAUUCCCCUAUUUCUUGGAAAUCAGUGACUUUCUUCAAGGAGAAAAAGAUCGGGGGAUUAAGACACUGAGGAAACUUGCUGAAGUAGUUCCAGCCAGUCACUGAACUUUCUUUGAUGUUUUCUGAUCUGGACAUUUGUGCCAUAUAGGAGUAGGACCGGUUUUAGCAGCAUAUAAAUGCCUGUGAUUAUUUUUUUUUCUUGUAAACUACGGUAUUUUUCUAAUGUGUGUGUCUUAUUAAAUACAAAAAAAAUCUUUUUAAUAAAAGUUUUAAAAUGCAAACAACUAUUGUCUACUUGUAUAGAUGGCGAGGGCACUACGCUGUAGUAUUAUAAAAAAUAAUGUGAAGCUGCUUGCUAAUGGGCUUUGCAGUAGUUUGCAGUACUACAGAUGUAUUUAAGAACAUUGAAGUUUCAAGAAAACAUUUUUAUUUAUUUUUUCCAUGGUUUUGGGUGAAAGUGACUGUGAUUCUGGGGAGGGUUUAUAUCUGGCUAAUGUGUUUUUUUAUAGUUAAUUUUAAAUAAUUGGUAUACCUUGUAGAAAUCCUAAUAAAAUCAAUAACUGAAACUCA